AUAUUAAAUUAAGAAAGAUAAAUAAGGAAAAAAAUUGAAAAUAUAGAAAUAUCUGUGUCUGUCCUGUCCGAACCGGUAAUCUCUCUCCCGUCAGUGACCAAAAUAGCAAGAAAGCAAAGCACAUAUCCAAUCUAUCUAUCUAUGACGCCGAAUAACAAUUAAUUACAGAAACACGUUAACACGUGCUCUCUGUUUCUCAUCAUCACUUACCUAAACAAAUUAACAAAAUGCUAACACCACACUGACACUGCUAUUAAAACCCCAAACACACACACAACUUCACAUUCACACACUUCAAAAUGAACAUUUUCUGUUUACUACUACUGUCUUUGGUUUCAACUUCCCUCACUUUGGUAUAUGCCGCCGGCAACGUCACUUACGACGGUCGCUCACUCAUCAUUAAUGGACAACGCAAGCUUCUUAUCUCUGCUUCCAUUCAUUACCCUCGUAGUGUUCCUGCGAUGUGGCCUGGUCUUGUUCAAACAGCUAAACAAGGUGGUGUAGAUGUCAUUGAAACCUAUGUUUUCUGGAAUGGCCAUGAACUUUCUCCAGGAAAUUAUUACUUUGGAGGACGCUUCGAUCUCGUUAAGUUUGCAAAGAUUGUUCAAGAUGCUGGAAUGUAUUUGAUUCUCCGAAUCGGUCCAUUUGUUGCUGCAGAAUGGAAUUUUGGUGGAGUACCAGUAUGGCUGCAUUAUAUUCCAGGCACUGUAUUCAGGACUUACAAUCAGCCUUUUAUGUAUCAUAUGGAGAAAUUUACAACAUACAUAGUGAACCUAAUGAAGCAAGAGAAGCUUUUUGCUUCUCAAGGGGGUCCUAUAAUCUUAUCCCAGAUAGAAAAUGAAUAUGGAUACUAUGAAAACUAUUAUAAAGAGGAUGGUAAGAAAUAUGCCUUAUGGGCUGCAAAAAUGGCUGUUUCUCAAAAUACAAGUGUCCCUUGGAUAAUGUGCCAACAGUGGGAUGCUCCAGAUCCUGUGAUUGAUACUUGCAACUCAUUUUACUGUGAUCAAUUUAAGCCUACUUCUCCAAAUAGGCCCAAAAUGUGGACUGAGAACUGGCCUGGAUGGUUUAAAACUUUCGGGGGAAGAGAUCCUCACAGGCCAGCAGAAGAUGUUGCUUUUUCUGUUGCUCGGUUCUUCCAGAAAGGUGGAAGUGUACAUAAUUACUACAUGUAUCAUGGAGGAACAAAUUUUGGCCGUACAGCAGGCGGUCCAUUCAUUACCACAAGUUAUGACUAUGAUGCCCCAGUAGAUGAGUAUGGAUUGCCUAGACUUCCAAAAUGGGGACAUCUUAAGGACCUUCACAAAGCUAUCAAGUUAUGUGAGCAUGUAUUGCUUUAUGGAAAAUCGGUUAAUGUCUCCCUUGGUCCUUCUGUGGAGGCUGAUGUCUACACCGACUCAUCUGGAGCGUGUGCUGCCUUCAUUGCUAAUGUUGAUGAUAAAAAUGACAAGACAGUGGAAUUUCGGAAUGCAUCAUAUCAUAUACCAGCAUGGUCAGUUAGCAUUCUUCCUGAUUGCAAGAAUGUAGUGUACAACACCGCAAAGGUUACUACCCAAACAAACAAAAUUGCAAUGAUUCCAGAGAAAUUGCAGCAAUCAGAUAAAGGUCAAAAAACUUUUAAAUGGGAUGUAUGGAAGGAGAACCCAGGGAUCUGGGGGAAGCCUGACUUUGUCAUAAAUGGCUUUGUCGACCACAUCAAUACUACCAAAGAUACCACUGAUUACCUGUGGCAUACAACAAGCAUAUCCAUUGAUGAAAACGAAGAGAUCCUAAAGAAAGGAAGCAAACCAGUUCUUCUAAUAGAAUCCAAGGGCCAUGCUCUCCAUGCUUUUGUGAAUCAGAAAUAUCAAGGUACUGCAUAUGGAAAUGGUUCACAUUCAGCAUUCACUUUUAAGAACCCCAUCUCUCUCAAGGCAGGGAAGAAUGAAAUUGCUUUAUUGAGCUUGACUGUUGGCUUGCAGACUGCUGGACCAUUUUAUGACUUCGUAGGAGCAGGAGUAACAAGUGUAAAGAUUAAGGGACUCAACAACAAGACGAUAGACUUGUCUUCUAAUGCGUGGACAUACAAGAUUGGAGUACAAGGAGAACAUCUAAAGAUAUAUCAGGGCAAUGGGUUGAAUAGCGUGAGCUGGACAUCUACUUCAGAACCACCUAAAGGGCAGACAUUGACAUGGUACAAGGCCAUUGUGGAUGCUCCACCUGGAGAUGAACCAGUUGGAUUGGAUAUGUUGUAUAUGGGAAAAGGUUUUGCCUGGUUAAACGGAGAAGGAAUCGGAAGAUAUUGGCCCAGGAUAAGUGAAUUCAAGAAGGAAGACUGUGUUGAAGAAUGUGACUACAGAGGCAAAUUCAAUCCAGAUAAAUGUGACACUGGUUGUGGAGAACCUUCACAGAAAUGGUAUCAUGUUCCACGAUCAUGGUUCAAGCCAUCUGGAAAUGUUCUUGUCUUCUUUGAGGAGAAAGGUGGUGAUCCAACAAAGAUAACGUUUGUGAGACGUAAAGUAUCUACAACAUAGCAGUUUUUCAGGCAUGCCUAAACAAAAACGAAUGUGUCAUAAAAUUAACUGAAGAGAAUUUCAAAACCAACUAUGUUUUCGUUUAUCAACGAAACUCGCAGUGGAAGCUAUCUGCAGCUGAUAAUAAUAGUAUAAUUUCUGGAAGAGUUAAUUGGAAUAUUGCAUUGCAUACAAGCCUGGCUGCAUCAAAGAAGCCGAUUAUUAUUUUAAAAUUUUGCAUAAAUAUAUAGUUGUAUCAUUGGCUAGCUCUGAGAUUUAAUUUAUGAUAGGUGUAAUAUGUUUUAAAUGCGAUAUCCCUUUAAUUAUUUGGGUCUUACUUUGUGUGUGUAAGCCAUUUUGAAUCAAUGUAUUUUCUUCACAGGAGGCCCUGAAACUGCAAGUUAGAGGUAACAUUUUGAUUCAUGAAUCUUCAUACAAGAGUUAUCAUUCCAACUA